GCGAGGGAGAGCGCUUUCCCGCUCAUGGAUGCGUGGGGGGGCCCCGCGCCCCGCUGGAUCCGCCGCCGCGGGGCCCGGCUGCUGCUGCUGCUGCUGACCGUGCGGCUGGGGAGCGGAGCUGAUAAAGCAGAUGAUGAGGAUGAUGAAGAUCUAAUGGUGAAUAAAACAUGGGUCCUUGCCCCAAAGAUUCAUGGUGGUGAUGUAACUCACAUUCUGGACUCCUUACUGCAAGGAUAUGACAAUAAACUUCGGCCAGAUAUUGGGGUGAGAACUACGGUAAUUGAAACAGAUGUCUAUGUUAACAGCAUCGGUCCAGUUGACCCAAUCAAUAUGGAAUACACUAUAGAUAUAAUUUUUGCCCAGACUUGGUAUGACAGCCGUCUAAAGUUUAACAGCUCAAUGAAGGUGCUUAUGCUUAAUAGCAAUAUGGUUGGAAAAAUUUGGAUUCCAGACACUUUCUUCAGGAACUCAAGGAAAUCUGAUGCUCACUGGAUUACAACUCCAAAUCGUUUGCUUCGAAUCUGGAGUGAUGGAAGAGUAUUAUACACUCUAAGGUUGACAAUUAAUGCUGAAUGUUAUCUUCAGCUUCAUAAUUUUCCUAUGGAUGAACACUCCUGUCCUCUGGAGUUUUCAAGCUAUGGAUAUCCCAGAAAUGAAAUUGAAUACAAAUGGAAGAAAACCUCUGUUGAAGUGGCAGAUCCGAAAUACUGGAGAUUGUAUCAAUUUGCAUUUGUAGGGCUACGAAAUACAACUGAAAUUUCUCAUACCUUGUCUGGUGAUUAUAUUAUUAUGACAAUAUUCUUUGAUCUCAGCAGACGUAUGGGAUAUUUUACUAUUCAGACAUACAUUCCUUGUAUACUCACAGUUGUUCUUUCAUGGGUGUCAUUUUGGAUCAAUAAGGAUGCAGUUCCUGCAAGGACUUCUCUGGGGAUCACAACGGUGCUGACCAUGACGACACUGAGUACAAUUGCCAGGAAGUCGCUCCCAAAGGUUUCCUAUGUGACAGCAAUGGACCUUUUUGUUUCAGUUUGUUUUAUUUUUGUGUUUGCUGCCUUGAUGGAAUAUGGCACCUUACAUUACUUUACCAGCAACAGAAAAGGGGACAAAGGAAAAGAAAAGAAGGCAAAAUCUAAGCCAUCAAAACCAUCUGCAAUUGCUGUUCGACCUGGAUCAACACUAAUUCCAAUUAAUAACAUUAAUCAUCUCCCCGAACGUGAUGAUGAUUAUGGAUAUGAGUGCCUAGAAGGAAAAGACUGUGCUAGUUUCUUUUGUUGUUUUGAAGACUGCCGCACAGGAUCUUGGCGAGAAGGAAGAAUACAUAUCCGUAUAGCAAAAAUUGACUCCUAUUCUCGAAUCUUCUUUCCAACUGCCUUUGCAUUGUUCAAUCUUGUUUACUGGAUUGGCUAUCUUUAUCUGUAAAUUUCAGAGGUUUGACAAACUCAGAAAAAAAAAAAUACUAGUUGAAUAGUCAUUAAUAUUUUUAACUGAGCAAAGAUUAGAGCUGGUCUAAAAUGACUCAAAUUGUUUGUAUGCGUUAAAAAUUUGAAACAAUGAGAGGAAAUAUGAUGAUGUAGUCUCCCUCUUGUGAUCAACUGUAGAACUGAUACUGGUAUUUUGAAGAGAACAUUUUAAAAUAAAUAUCUCUAAGAUUUGUCUUUCCUGAACAUACAUGCAUACUUUUUUUUUCCAGCUCUAAGAAAAUGCAGAAUCACAGGCUAUGCUAUUUAACUGUACCAUCCUAUAUAAGCUCUCAAUUUUAAUCCUAAAUGAUUGUGCUGGAGGAUUUUGUAGCAUCUCUUACACCUUUACAAAGAAAGCCUUAAUUAAAUGGGAUUAGUUACUCUCAUCUGUUUCAUCCAUAAGGUGAUGAUUUUUUUAAUCCCUAGUUUUAAAAAGUUGAAAUGUAACAUUUCUUUUUUAAAUCAGCCAUUUGUUCUCUCCAGUAUGUUAAAAAGUGUGAUUAGAUGAUAAUUAAUCAAUUCAGAUUUAUACAGAAUGCAGAUAUUAGAACAGCAAUGGAUAUAUCUAAACCCAAGGGUAAUUCUGAGCUUGUCUUAUCCUGACCGUGUAUAGAGACUUUUGGCUUUCAACCUUAGAUUACAUUUAUAUUUGUGCUGCAUUUCCUGUUACUUUACUAUUGUGAGUUCCCUGAAGUUGUCCAAGAGGUCUACAGCUUUCAGAAAUUGUUAAACAGCUGCCAUUGCUUGUUCAUUUCGUGGAAAACAGACUGAUGUUGGCCAAGAUUCUGGCCAUUAAGCAUAAUGAUCUUCACAUUCUCAGUGUUGGAGAAAAAGUCAUAACCCUACAUUUGAAAGAGUUUCUAUCAACAGGAUUUGGAAGGCCUGUAACCGUGCUAUAGUCAUUGUACUCCAAGUCACUGUGUUAAAUCCUACAGUCCUAUGAGUUCAGUGUGUGAUCUGGUCCACUCUUCAUACACCAUGGUUCUGUAGAACUGGUUUGUUACUGCACAUGCCGCUCACUGAGCCAAAGACAAGUGGUAUUAAUAUAUUGAAUGUGUGGUAUGCAUUGCUGGGUAAUUACCUUCUUGAUAUUUGUUUGUUUCUAAUGGAAAAGACAUGUUAUGGAGGGGGAGUUAACAUAAUCCUUAUGCAUUGCAGAACCUUCUCCAAGAUGAGAUACCUUCCCCCAGAAUCAUAGGACCAGUUCUCUGUCCUUUCUGUGGUGAGAGCUUUGGUAGAAAUCCUGCAGUAGUAGUCUUUCUGAACUGACUUCUUGGUGUGGAUGGUUGCUGGCUGGAAGCAUUUGGUAUCUCAUUUCUAUUUCUAAAUCCAUUGUCUUCAUUAUGGAAACAUACAGUCUUUCCUCCUUUCUCAAAAAGAAACUGGUCUCAAGUGAGCUUGCAAAAAUUACUGUAAAAUUAAGAUAUAUAUUAAGUAAAAGUCAGCAUUACACAGAAGACCUUACAGAUCUUUAAAGAGGAUUAAUGGGAUUAUCAUUUGGCUGUAGGUAAGGAUGUUCAGUACUAAAGAUAAAGACACGAUUAAAAGCUAAGAAUAAAAAAUGUUGCAUGAAGGUCUCCCCCUACCCCCCAAAUAUUUCUGUUGAAUAUGCUCUCUCCUCUGAAUUUCCCAGAAAGGAUUACUGUAUUUAUAGUCUAACUGGUACCAGGCAUAGUAAGAUGUGAUAUACAAUUCACAUUUCAGAGGAAAUGUUACUCCAGUGUUCAGCUCCAAAAUUUAAUAGAGAAUGUGGGAUUAUGUGCAGUUGUACUGGAAGGAAGUGCAACAGAAGAUCCAAUUUUAAUUAAAUUGGACUUUAUUUCAGUAUUUGGCUGAUGAAAUAUAGGAGUGGUUGAGAGAAUGUGAAAGGCCAGAUGAGGAGGAUGGCUGGCAUUAUUUGUGGUAUGACCUUUCUGAGUACCAAGCUCUUCUAACUGUUGGACUGAGCGUGGAAGUGUGGUAUCAUUAACAACACUGAUCUGCUAUAAUUUAUUGGUUUUUUAGAGUCUCAUUUUCAUAGAAUGUUUAGUCCAAAAGAAAUAUACCAGUUUUAGUUCCAUAAUGUAGGUUGAUGCUUUUUGACAGCAUGCUGAACACAUUCCUCUGUAGGAGGGAUGAAGGUGGCUUCACUAGUAUGUUGGAUAAGUGCUUGAAAAGCAGUCAGCUUGCUGUACAAUGCAAGGCCUAGAUUUAGUGAGUUCCUGAGUUUCAUUAAUUCACCUUUAAACAAAGGAAACUUAAAAGAACUUGGCACUUCACAAGAGGAAAUAAAAAUUUCACAGCCUGCUCUCCUCUGGCUCAUCUAGUUAGCUUUUUCUAUUCAUGUGGUUGUCGGUUGCCAGUCAGCCUCCAGUGACUGAAUUGGAGAACAGAAAACGUUCAGAAUUGGCAAGGGAUGGAUAAGUCUUUCAUCUCUAAUUUCUAUGGAACAAUGUAAUGGAGUAUUAAACCUAUUGAAUGUUAUGGUUGUUUGGGUUGUGGGUACACUUGCUUCUGUCUGUUGACAAACUUUUCUGUGUACUUCAUUUGUUUCUGAUGAAAUAAUUUUAGUUUCUCAUAGUACCAUGGGUGCAAAUAGGAACAAGAAUGCAGUGAAUUUUAACAUGGCACAUAAUAAAUGUGUUAUUUUACUCCUAUGUAUUUUCUUUCUAAUCUGGAUGUAAACACUUGAUUUCAAGAAAUCUAAUUGAUACUUAAAAAAAAAAAAAGCAAGAAACAGAGAGUAUAAUUAAUUUGAGUUAGAUGCUGCAAUCGUUUUUCAAACUUACCUGGAUAAAAAGUUUGUUUACUCUUAGCUGGGAUCACAUAAUGGGAGUCAUAUUAUUCUGACCAUCACUGCAUAAGCACACAUGUAAACAUAUUCCUAGUUAGUACUGUUAUUAGACCAGAAUUCAGAAAAGAAUGCUUAUGUACUGUCAUAAAGAGUGAUGCUAUCUUGAAUUAAUGCCAUUACCACAUGCUUCAUUUGCACUAAUUUCAAUAAUGGGUGUUCAGUAGCUCAAAUAAUUGAACAUUAAGGAUGGGAGCCAGAGCCUUUUCAAUAAGAGAUUUUCUCAUUGAAAGAAAGGGACAUAAGAGGAGAAAUUUCUGUAAAGGCAGAGAGUGGAAAAAUUUUGGGAAAACUGUUUUAUAUUACAUCCAUCUUUGGCGUCUUCUGAAAUGUAUUUUUCAAAAAAAGGAGACUUUUCCUUGAUAUUUCUAUAUUAGUGUUUACCACUUGUCUGUUUUAGUAGUGGGUACAGAUCAGUGUGUUAUUUUGUUGGUAAGGUUCUGUCUAUGAUUGUACCUCACUGAUCUUCAGUGUAUGUCUUCUGUGUCUGAAUGAAUCUGUUUUAUGUAGUGGCAGUGCAACCAAAGCAUGAACUCUGGGUAAUGUAUUUUGUAUUCACAUGUUGAUGUGCUUCAAAGACUUUAACCUUAUCCAUUUUUCUGGCAUUCAGAGAUAUAGGAUUGUGUAAGACUUUGAAGGAGGAUCACAUCCAACAGUAUUUUUAUAACUUUCUGUUCUUUAUUUGGUAAGGCAGUAAAACAUUUCUUUAAAAUUGAUAUAUGAACUGUGCUUUGCAUUUUGUGAACAUCUUACAAUUGAAAGUGAACAGGAGGAGUCUAGAUUUAAAUAUCUAUCCGCCAAAAGUAAGACAUGUUUUAUUUAAUUGCAUCAGUCAUAAUUUCUGUCUACUGUUUCCAAAUAGCUGAGAACUAGUGCAAAUACAUUUUUCUGGUAGUAUAAUUAUUUUUUCAGAAUUCACUGUAGUUUCUCUCAGUUAUAACUUAAAUGUGAUCUUUCAUGUUUAUGAAAUGUUGUAAUUUUUAGUCAUUAUAGUAGAUACAGAAGACAGAAACUAAUGUAGAAUUCAAUAGUUGAAAAAUAGAAAGCCAGGAAUCAAAAAGAAUUACUGUGCUUCUGUUCCUAAAAAAGCUCAGUGAAUGUCCACAUACCUCAUGAAUGUGCUGGAGGAGGUGAAUGACUCACAGGGAGAGGUAGAAUUUUCUCCAGACUGUAGAAAAAGCUUUUGCUUUGGCUCAUGCCAUGGAUUUGCUACACAAGUGGUUCAAAUGGAGGAGAGGAAUGGAUCUGUCCUCCCUUUAUCAGUGAUCUCCUGGUUCUGCUUCGUUUCUGUCAGAACAGCAGCUCUAAUGCCUUCUUGCCAGAUGAAACAAAACCUGAAAAUAUAUAUUUAUUUUACUCUUAGUUAAUAUUUCACACAUAUGGGUGGGAUAAUCUGACAACAUACAAGAUUAUGAGCAAGUUUUUCUCCAAGGGAGUUUGCAGCUGGAAGCUGAAGGAUGGCUUCUUGUAAUGGGCAUUUUUCACUCGGUUGAGAUUCUGUACUGAAAACUGGUGGGAGGAAAGGAAACAGUGGUGUGAGGGAAAGAUUGAUGGUAACAGUGAUUCCAGAAUCAAGUUACAUGGAUCUGAGCAACUUAUAUUUUGUUCAUAGGUUUCUCACUGGUAUUUGUGGUAAUGCCCUUGAUUUCCCUGCCACAUAGUUAAAUAUUUUUACUGUUUUAAAUAAAAAAAAGGAAAAUAUUGUGAAUUUCCUAUACAAUAACUGCAGACUGAAUGAGCAAUAGAAAGUUAUCUUGAGUGAACAUUCUGGUGAAAUGUCAUACAGAAAAUGAUAAUUUUUUAAAAAUCUCCAUUUAAUAUUAGAGAUAAAACCAUUUUUAAAAUUACUGAGUAUUAAUUAGUGCAGUAAUUAGCACUGGGAAAGGCCUGGUACAGUUGUAUUUUUGAUGCUACGAUGCUAGUGAAGAAACAGGACAUAAACUGAUUUUACUCACUUGUAAAGCUCGCUGUGAAAGCCAGAGGGGUAAUGAAGGCUUUAGCAGAAAUCUCAUAUGGCCCUUGGAGAAAGGAGAUUGGCUAAAACUGGAGCAGACCAAAUGAUACAGCCCUUUUUACCAUAGGUGGGCCCUGUUCACUUGUAAUAUAUUGACUCUGAAAAAACUGUGAAAGCCUCAUGAUAUUUUAAGGAGAAAAAGAAAAAUCUGUAAAAUUCUUAUUCCCCUUCUCAGUGACAAAUCUUCCUUUGCCUGCAAAUUUUGCUUACGAUACAUCAACAUCACUUAAGCUGUAUGAGGAGGGCCAUGGGGGAUGUAAGACAGAGGACUCGUAAACUCUUCUACCUUGUUCUUUCUAGUUCCUUUUCUUGGUCAAGAAAAGAGGCUCAGAAGGGUAGGCAUAUGGCAUGUGUAAAUGAGGACAAUUUUUCUACUGACAACAGGGCCUGACUCCCACUGACAGGAUCAAGAGGGAUAAGACUCUGCUUAAAGUAAUAAGGCUUCUCUUUUAUAAUUCUUUAUAGUAGCUACUUUUCCAGAUAUCACCCAGGCUUACCUGAGAUUCAAAAUAUUUUUCAGGUUGGAAGUAAUUAUUUUGUGUGUUUCUGGCUUCAUACAAUGUCUUUAUCAUCAUGGUUUUAGCUGUAGUAAUUACCAUUGAGCCUUACUGAAUUCAAAAGGGAAGGUUUCCUCUUGAAGUUUCCUUGUUCAGGUGUUCCAGGUAGGAGAUGGCUUCCUGUCAAACAUUAAAAAAGUGAUUUUCAGUUGAUCCUGCUGAGGAGACAGACUGGCUCCCUGGGGUGGCAUUGGGAUUUCUGUGUCAUUUAGACCUGAGAAGGGUGAAGGCUGUUAAAACCAGUGACCACUACUGCCUCUACAGAGGAUAUAUUACUUUUGCCAAUUUGAUAUUUAAAAACAAAAUCUAAAACUGUUACAAUGGGUGUGAAAUGAGGAUGAGUCAUCAUUUUACUACAGAUGUAUAUUUUCCCUUGAAUUGUUUUUCUUCCUUAGGAAGUUGGCAUAUAGGAGUUUUUGGCUCGUGAAAUAUUACGAAAAGAGGUGAUGGUCACUUUAAACAGUAAAGUCAUGUUAGUGCAUCUGCCCAACAAUGGCCUAAGAGCAGUAGAAAUGAAAGCACUUCCCCUAUAGUUCAGAUUUUCUAAGAAAGAUGAAUGUGGAAAUUUGCAUAUUCAUAGGCCCAGUAUUAAUAUACAACCUGUGUUCACACUUCAGUCACUAAAAAAAUUCUUAAUGGUUUGUGCAUCUUCAGAGUAUCUUUUGUAUUUCCCACUGUUUUCCACUACAAACACUUGGACUCUUUGUUGAACAUGAAGAGUUGUGUUGUGAUACAAGAGUUGUGUUAUGAUACUUUUAAUUACAGUUUAAAUUGCUAUGGAAUAUACUUAAGAAUCUGAUAAUCUCAUAGUGAUUCUUAUAUAUAAAAAUUUGAAUAUUUUUACUUAAUUUACUUAAGCAAAUAACACUGCUAUAAUUUAUAU